UGCUUCAGGCUAGCUGGGCUGCUCCCCACUCUGCCCGGGGAGUGAGGGGCAAGGUCUUGCGGGGCGGGAGCCGAGAGGAGAAGGGUGUGCCUCGACAGGCCUAGGGUCGACAGGGGGUGGGGUGUGGUUCCAGGGAUCCAAUCACCUUGCAAGGGCGAGGGCGCAGCCAGGGUGCCCAGAGGGCGCCCCCAAGGGUUCAGCCGACGACUCCUCGGCUCCCCGAGCUUGGCCAGAAAGUCUUCAGCCCUCUCGUCCUUGAGGAAGGCUUCCCCUCGCCGCCAUGGUGUCGGUCCCGCUCGGUGGCACCCUGAGCAGUGUCGGGGAGUUAUCUCAGCCCAGUGAGACCCCCCAGACCACUGGGACCGUUGGACUGCUGGAUAGCGAGGAGGGCCAGAGCAUCGGCACUGUCUGGCCUUCCUUGAUCUCCCUCCUGCCUCAGUUGUCCGACCAUACUACAGACGCUGACUUGACGCUGGACCUGACCCUGGGCCGUCCGGGCUCCUUCAUCAAUACCCGUACCGAGCAAGAGACGAGCAGCUUCAGCUUUCGAGGGCUCUUCAUCUUCGCCUACUUCUCCAUCAUGUUCGUCUCCCUUUUGGGAAACUCUCUGGUCUGCAGCGUGAUUAUGAAGCGUAAGCGGGUCCACUCGGCCACCGGGCUCUUCAUCGUCAACCUAGCCGUGGCCAACAUCAUGAUUACAUUGCUGAACACACCCUUCACUUUGGUCAGUUUCAUCAGCAGCACCUGGGUCUUUGGAUAUACGAUGUGUCACCUGAGUCGUUUUGUCCAAUACUGCUCCGUCUACGUUUCUGUGCUAACCCUGGCAGCCCUCGCUUUGGAUCGACACCGGGUAACCAUGCAGCCUCUGAAGCCACGAAUGACUACCAUGAAGGGCGGUAUCUAUGUCAUCGUCAUCUGGAUCCUGGCCAGCUGUUUCUCCCUGCCACAUGCUAUCUACCAGAGAUUGCCUCAGCUUGAUACCGUGAACAAAAGCAACAAAAUGGUCUGCCUUCCCAGCUUUCCCCACUCUUCAGAUGGCAUCAGGAAGUACUUGGACUUGGUUACCUUCCUUUUCCUGUACAUCCUGCCCCUGGUGGUGAUUUCGGUCACCUACUCACUAAUGGCCAAGAAGCUGUGGCUGCGGAAUUCCAUCCGAGAUACGGCCUCAGAGCAUUCCAUCAACCGCCAACAGAAAAAGAGGAUGACCCUGAAGAUGCUGGUCAUGGUGGUGGUGGUCUUUGCUAUCUGCUGGCUCCCCCUCCAUUGCUAUGAGGUGCUCCUGUCCAGCAAGGUCAUCUACAGCCAUGAGGCUGUCUACUUUGCUUUCCACUGGUUUGCCAUGAGUAGCACUUGCUACAACCCCUUUAUCUACUAUUGGCUCAACAAAAGUUUCCGUGAUGAGCUCAAGAUGGCUUUGCGUUCUUGGUGGCAGAAGGUGCUGACCUGUGGCCAUGGGCAGCCCCCCGACUCAUCCACCUGUCGACGUACCUGCAGGGAACCUUCCCCUUUCUGGAAUACCAGUUCUGGGAUGCGCAGGCCCAAUGAGGAUUCCCCCCCGUGUGACCAGAUAGACCUAUCUGGCAUCUGUCCCAUCAUAGAAAUGACUUGAGCUGAUGGGGUUCUGAUGGCCAAUCUAUCCAGCCAGAAUAGGCCGGAGAUUGCAGCCAAAGUGGGUUAGCUGUACCCAUGCCUGGCGUGGAACACAUAGCUUAGGUCAUUCUGGGGUGGGAGGGACAUGUUUGUGCUAUUAUUUCUGCCUCUCUCCCUCUUUCAUGGUUCUUUCCUUUCCUUCUCUCUUCUUGUGGGUCAUGACGAUGUUGUCAGGCCCAUUAGGAUAGGUUCUUUGCCCUUUGCUCAGAGGGACAGCUCACCUUGUCUUCUGAUGUCUUUUUCUCCUAGUUGCCAUUGUUUGCUUAUCCAGGCCUCAGUUUACCCACCAGUGUCCUGGACCUUGUAGCCAUAGCUCCACCAGCGCUUGAAGAUUCUCCGUUGUGGUUGUGUGAGAACCAAACCUUGUAAAAUGAAAAAAAUACAUCCAGAGAAAUCCCGGAAGACUUGUUACUGAAAUGUUUAAUAAAUGUUGUUGGUAUAUUUGUGUAGUUUCAUGGAG